GUGUAUGGCUUAUUAGUUGAAGGUAAGUCAUAUGUUGAUAUCAAAUACACGUAUUGUAUAUAUCUCUUUGCUAAUUAUUUAUAUAUUUAUAUUUGUGUAUAUAAAGGAUUCAAAUGUCGUUUAUCCGCAAUGGAUUUACGAUACUAUAAGCUAUACCGACUACAUAUGCUUGGUCAGUUUUACUUACCACGAGACAGAUAUGAUAUUGGUGCUCUUUCUUCUUGUUUUAAGCGACUCGAACACUUAAAUGUUUGUAUAAAAACAUGUUUAUAUGUUACUACUACUUUUACUAACAUUCAUCUUUAUCGUGGUACAUAUAUUUAGGCUUUGAUAGAAAAAUCAACAACAUCAAUAUUAAGUGAUUUUCUGCAUAUGUCGCCUGAAGAAGGAAAUACCUUUCCUGGUAGGAGACCUAGCAACUUUUUAGUGAGCUUUCGUUCUCCUCAAAAAUAGACUUAUCUUCACGUCUGCUCUUUAUUAUUUUUUUAUGCUUUCUCUAUGAUUAUCCUUAUGUUACCUUGUAUUAUACCUAUAUUAAUUAUACCCACCCUCAUUAUUAUUAUAUCCUUAACUAUUUAUAAAAAAAAAAUAUGAUAUUCAAUCUUUUCUUUUAAAAA